AUGGACCCACAAAUGGGACUAUUUUUAUCUAAGUCGGACAGUACGCAGUCGGCAGCGGUAUGUGGGACAUACCCAAUCGGUCUCCAAAUCGUGCCCGGGCUAGCCUUCCUUCUAAAGCAAGGACGUAUCAAGUCCCCGUGUGACCGGAUGCAUGAAUUGGCCACCACUGUACCCGGUUCAUGCAACGCCAUAGCGAGAACCAUUUCCUUGAGACUAGAUCGUGGUCCCCAUUUUCUUUUCCAAAAUAAAAACACGCUGUCUGACUCCAUUAUCAGAUGGAAAGAAUUCAAAGAGCAAAUACACUCAAACAGAAACGUUAUGCGCCCAAUGGUGCUAAUCACUAAGGACCUCUAUGUACAAGAUUUGAAUCAUCACCGGGUACAAGCAGGGGCGAGAUGGCCCAAGUGGUUAGAGCGCGAAUUUACUGCCGGAAGGUCCCGUGGUUCGAAUCCGACCUCCGCCACUCGACUUCCCGUUUAG